ACGUCAAAAUUGACGAGCUCCGCCACUAGCUGUUGGCCGCACAGUCCUGGAUGCCUCCUCGGGUGUGGUAGGUGCUAUGAGCCAAGACUCCAGCGCAAAGAUGGCCACCGCCGCAGCCCAGACGUCCGAGGCAGCUGCUGGGCAGGCUUUGCAGGUGACUGACGGAGACGACAAUCAAAGUGAUUUGCUCGGAGGGUUGGAUUCUAGUCAAAACCUAGAAACAACUAACAAAAAGAGAAAUAGUGAUGAUUGUACUCCUGAAGCAUCUAAAAGCCAAAGGUUGAAGAUUUCAAGUAAGACUAAGGGAAAACAUAGUAAAUCUAAAUCUGGACCAUCAAAAAGGUCAAGAAGUGGCUCAAAUCACCCAGGAGCAAGGGCUAGGUCCAAAGCAUAAUGUGCCACUUGACAGUCCCUCCAUGAGUAUUAGAAGCAAAAAAACAAUCACCUAUCUCUGCAAUGAGUACAAGAAGCAAAAGAAGACUUAGCCUUUGAUUUUCGAUAUGCUUGUUCUCAUAUGUGAUGCCAUGUACUGCAUGUUGGCUUUGGCUUGGUUAAUGUGAACCAAUGUUUUGUGAAUUUAUUUGUGAACUAAGACAUCUCGUUUACUUGCACCUUGUUUAUGUAUGAUCUGAACCUACUCAAUGUUCCAUCCAUUGAUUUGUCAUCAUUGUGUGUGUGCACUUGAAAUGCAGUUAUG